AUGAUGCUGUACCAUCGGGUUUACACAUGGCGGCGUCCUGUGAGCCAUGUUGAAUGAUGUCCUACUGGCUUUAUUCUGGAUAAUGUGAAAUUGUAGAAUGACAUACUUGAUCUAAACAUGUGGAGUCAAGUUCGUAAACUCCAAAAGAACAGGACAGUGAAAUAUGGGAUCCCGAUGCUGCUGCUGGUUGUGGGAGGGUCGUUUGGAUUGAGAGAAUUCACUCAGAUUAGAUAUGAUGCACAGAAGAUCAAAAAGAAGCUGGACCCUGCACUUGAAGCACGGGUGAACAAUAAAAAACAGUCAGCCAUCCUUCACGAAGAGUAUGAGAAAUUGAAGGAUUUGGAUUUGGAUGGAUGGAAGAACAUUCGUGGCCCACGUCCCUGGGAGGAUUCAAAGGAGCAGCAGCAAGCUCAACUCAAUAAAGGCACAUAGAACUCGAAAACCUUAAACUCCCACCGCUGGUCCAAAAGAUGUAAGACUCUCAUAAAAACAGUGCAGUGUAUGGUUGGCUUGUCACCAUAUAAUAAAUUAGCACAUCUUAUUUUAUUAUAUCUAGAUGAUCUCUCUCUCCAGUGUCUUUGAUGCUCCCACUUUUUUAUAGAAUCAGUAAGGUUACAAACCUUAUUUUGUCUGUGUCACCAUGUCAGUUUGCCUUCAUACAGCACUCACACAAUAACUUACUGUGAUUAUAAAAUCAAAGGCUAAAAUGUAUUCAAGUAUAUAGUCUCUUGUGCAAUGAAGAGUGUUUUCAGCGCCUCAAUUCACACUAAAUGCUGCUUCACAAACUCCAUCUCUGUAUGUUCGGUGAGCUUAAUGUGGAGCUGAGUGGGUGCUAGGUUCACUUUUACACAUUCACACAAUUUCUAACAUUUCUGUGGAUAGAACUUUACAUCAUUUCACUCGUGGUAUCUGCCAAAAUAAAAGCUUGAAGAUUUUAACAUUUGACAUUUAAGAAUUUAAGACAUAAAUGUUAGUAUUGUACCUUGUAAAAAAUAAAAGAAAAGAAAAAAAUAUUAUACCUUUAAUGAUCAAAUAUUCAUUUAAUUAUUUUACAGGACAGUUGUAAUUUAAAACCAUAAUGUAGUUAUGUCUUCAUUUUUGUAAAAAGACUUUAAAACAAUAACUUGCAAGCCAUGUGCACCAUUAACCAGCAUCAGAAAAGCGUGAACAUGUAAAUGGGCCACCUUGUGCAUUGCUGCUCUGUCUUUAGUCCAUUAAAGUCUGUUGUAAAUGUG